CCUCCGUUGGAGUCACAACGGAGUCACAAUGAAAGAGGAGGAGGACAAAUUUCACCCAUCCAAAUUAUCAGGGGGACCUAAGGGCUUGGGUGAUCCUAAUGACCGGAGUUUGAGGAAGGUGGAGAAGGAUAUUUUGAUACCUAAGAUAAUACGAGACAGAACCAAGGCAGAAAAAUGUGUCGACGAAGUUAAGGAAUUUAACGAAUGCUGCAUAAAGUGGAGUUGGAAAAUGAUCUACAAGUGUAGAAAAGUAAACGAAAAUAUGAAGGCAUGUAUGGGAGAGUGGUACUUCAAUGAUGACUUCAUUAAAGAAUGUACAGAACAAUAUUUAGCGGAAAGGAAGGAAUACAGGGAGACUGGAAUACCUAAAAAGAGAAAGAAAAUGGAGGGAACAAUGUUAUAAAAAUAGAGAUAGAAAAUAGAUUAUAAAAGGACUGUUUGCUAUUAUCUCGUGUAGUUUCCCAAAUAUAAUCUUUGUAACUGACACAUAUGAGGAAUGCCUUUGAAUAACAAUGCUCUUGAAAUAUUUGUAACAAAACUUGCCUUCGAUAUAAUUUCCACAAAAUAAAGAGCGAACGAAUGUAAGUUGAGAUUUAUACAUUGA